AUGCGUCGCACACAGCAGCAGCUCCAGCUUCCUGCUCACAGCUUCCUGUUUCCUGUAACACAGCUACAGCCUCCUGUAUUCUACAGUACCCACGUCCAUUCAGCUACAGCCUCCUGUAUUCUACAGUACCAGGUCCAUUCAGCUACAGCCUCCUGUAUUCUACAGUACCCACGUCCAUUCAGCUACAGCCUCCUGUAUUCUACAGUACCCAGGUCCACUCAGCUACAGCCUCCUGUAUUCUACAGUACCCACGUCCAUUCAGCUACAGCCUCCUGUAUUCUACAGUACCCAGGUCCAUUCAGCUACAGCCUCCUGUAUUCUACAGUACCCACGUCCAUUCAGCUACAGCCUCCUGUAUUCUACAGUACCCAGGUCCAUUCAGCUACAGCCUCCUGUAUUCUACAGUACCCACGUCCAUUCAGCUACAGCCUCCUGUAUUCUACAGUACCCACGUCCAUUCAGCUACAGCCUCCUGUAUUCUACAGUACCCAGGUCCAUUCAGCUACAGCCUCCUGUAUUCUACAGUACCCAGGUCCAUUCAGCUACAGCCUCCUGUAUUCUACAGUACCCAGGUCCAUUCAGCUGCAGCCUCCUGUAUUCUACAGUACCCACGUCCAUUCAGCUGCAGCCUCCUGUAUUCUACAGUACCCACGUCCAUUCAGCUACAGCCUCCUGUAUUCUACAGUACCCACGUCCAUUCAGCUGCAGCCUCCUGUAUUCUACAGCUGCAGCCUCCUGUAUUCUACCGAGGGUCGAGUGUCUGUGGGUUUUUGUUUUUUCCCAAUUCAAUUAAAACCUAGACAACCAGAUGAAGGGAGAUCCUUACUAAUUAGUGACCUUAAUUCCUCCAGCAAGAACGAGGGUUGGGGCGAAAACCUGCAGACACUCUGUCCUCCGUGCAAUGAGUUCGUGGUCUGUUUGCUACUGUGUGAAAUCCUGCAAUGUGGCUUUGCUUGAAUUCCUCCCCGUUUCUUCAUCUCUCAAAGGAUGGCAGCCUUUUCUAAAACUCUGUCUGAAUACUGUCAGAGCCGUAGCCUAGCCUGUGUAUGGCUUAUGAACCUCUCUCUAUAACACGGUCUGAAUACUGUCAGAGCCGUAGCCUAGCCUGUGUAUGGUUUAUGAUCCUCUCUCUAUAACACGGUCUGAAUACUGUCAGAGCCGUAGCCUAGCCUGUGUAUGGUUUAUGAACCUCUCUCUAUAACACGGUCUGAAUACUGUCAGAGCCGUAGCCUAGCCUGUGUAUGGCUUAUGAACCUCUCUCUAUAACACGGUCUGAAUACUGUCAGAGCCGUAGCCUAGCCUGUGUAUGGUUUAUGAUCCUCUCUCUAUAACACCGUCUGAAUACUGUCAGAGCCGUAGCCUAGCCUGUGUAUGGUUUAUGAUCCUCUCUCUAUAACACGGGCGUAGGCCUGUAAUAUAUUCAGGCGCUGCAUUUCAUUUAAUACGCAUGUUGACUUUAAAAAA